GUCAACCGGAAGUGAGUUUUAGCUAUAAACGUUAGUAGCCUCGUCUUUUCUUACGCAUCAUGGUGCUUGGCGUGUCUAUAUUUUUGUUAGAUUUGUUUUUUAUGUGAUUUUAUCAUAUUAAAUUACCUUGUAAUAUUAAAUAAUAUUAACCGGAAGCUUUCCCUUUUUUCGUCGUCAAAGCUUUAUUGGCUCACGGCUUGAGACAUUAGCCCGCGUGCUAGCCGUCAUUUGCCUAGGUGAGAUAAAUGAGGUCAGGUGCGCGCCGUCAUGUUUUCUUCCUGACAGUUUUCUCAAACGGUUAUGUCCGCGCGCCCGAACGCCGUCCGUGAGUGAGACCGGACACGCGCGUGUCGACCGGAGCCAUGAGCGUCCCGCUGGGCAGGAACGGCUGGAUCGGGCUCGCCGCGGGAGCCACCGCCGGCCUGGGGCUGAUCGCCCUCAUCAUUUAUAAGGAGAUCCGUAGGAGGUGGACCCCGCACGAGCCGCUCUCCAAGAACCGCGCGGCACUGCAGCUGCUCGGCCGCGCGGAUGGAGGGGCUGCCCCGCACGAGCCGCUGGAUGCACGGGAAAUGGAGGCGCAGCAGCAGGCGCUGGCGGCGGUGGAGGCCGUGGUUCAGGGCCUGUCCCCCCAGCAGGAGCUGGAGCUCCGGAGGCAGCUGGACCAGGUCCUGAGCUGCGUGGCUUCGCUGCGCUCCGAGGUGGCCGAGCUGAGGGGGGGCCUGCAGGACAUCGCUCUGCAGAUCAUCCAGGACAUCAAGAAAGGCGUUGAGGACAGUCAGCGCAUUCGGCGGCGCCGCCAUGUCCACAGAGACCGCACCGACUCCGCCAGCUCCAGCUCCAUCUACUUCACUGCCAGCCAGGAAAUGAGCAGCACGUGUGAGGAGACCAGCGAAGGGGGGUACUCCACGGCGUACGCAGACUCAGACUUCACUGACCGAGACACGGACAGAGAGGAGGCGGACAAGCAGCCCGAGUCUGAGGAAGAGGAGGACCAGAGCUGUGCCACAGUCCUCACCCUCCGCCAGGAGGACUCACCGGAGGAGCAGGAGGACGGGGUGGAGGAGGAAGAUGAGGAGGAGGAGGAAAAUGAGAGAAGUCUGCAGCUGCCUGACGAGGUGCCGAGCGGAGAGCUGGCUCUCCUCUUGGCUCAGAGCGACAUUCUGCACACGGGAGACGCCAGCCUGAAGGCCGAAGGCUUUCGGCUGCUGCUGGAAAACCGAGUAGAGCACGGACACAGCAGGGAGUUUCUAUGGCGACUGGCUCGAGCGUACGUGGACAUGUGCACGUCUGCUCAGGACAAACAGGACAGGAUGAGCUAUGCACAGAAAGCUCGUGAUGAAGCCGAAGCGGCUCUGAAGAGGAACGGCCUGAGCGCAGAGUGUCACAAAUGGUUGGCAGUGCUGAGCAGCCUGAGCUCGGAGCACGAGAGCACACACACCAAACUGAAGAGCAGCUUCCUCCUCAAGGAGCAUCUGGACCGAGCACUGCACCUGCAAGACGACGACCCCGUCUGUUACUUCCUGCUGGGCCGAUGGUGCUACGAGGUGGCCUCGCUGGACUGGCUGGAGAAGAAAGCGGCGGCAGCUGUUUAUCAGAACGCCCCCACCUCGUCGCUGCAUGACGCACUGGAGAACUUUUUGAAGGCAGAGGAGCUCAGCCCAGGUUUCUCCAGGACUGUGAGACUUUACAUCGCCAUGUGUCACAAGGAGCUCGGCAACAUCUCCGAGGCCACAAACUGGGCGGGGCUGGCGCUGACCACAACCUCCUGCUGCGACGAAGCUCUGACUGACGCUGCAGAGACGAGGAAGCUGGAGGCUGAGCUGCGCGUCUUAACUGACGGGAGCAUGUGAGGAUCCUGAAGAUCUGCUGGUGUGAACCGUCACUGUGAAACACGGAGAUUUAUUUAUUUCAUAUCUGGAGUGCUCGUAUGUGUGUGUGUGUGUGUGUGUGUGGAGUCCUGCUUUUAACUGUUUGGAGUUAUAACUUAUUGAAUCUGUAAUGUUUUUUUUAUCUCAGAGACCAAAAGAAGUUUAUUUUGAAGGAGAUUUGAACAGAAAUACCCAUAACUCCCUGAACUUUGAACUGUCCUCUCACUCCCUGGAGUCAUUCCUUUAUUUCUUCUGACUAAAUCUGGGAUUGUGGAUCCAGAGCUGCAGAUGAAUCGACUCUGGAUCACACGAGUUCCUGCGUCUCAGAUCCAGAUCAGAACUAACCAGGUUCAGGAAGCGGACCAUGUGACCUCUGAGCAUGAAUCUGUCAGUGUCCCUCAGUCUGACGACCACAGAAAUCCUUGAUGUCAACAAUAAAUUGUUUUGAACGUU